CGGUAAGCAAGUUCGUUUUUCUCUUAUUCAAUUCCCUCCAAUCACUACACCUUCACCAUGGCCUCCACCGCAAUUUCUUCGGGCUUGCAACAACUCCAAGAGACGCUGAACGGGUCGCUCGAAGGCCACAAGCUGGCGAGCAUGGCCAAGGACACAAAGGAUUACAACAAUCCCAACGCCCGGCUGACCACCGACUACGGCGUGAAGCAGGAGAACACGGACGAUUGGCUGAAGGUCGUCACCGACGACAAGACCGGACCAUCGUUGCUGGAAGACCACGCCGCCCGCGAGAAAAUCCAUCGAUUUGACCAUGAGCGCAUUCCUGAGCGUGUCAUCCACGCACGCGGCGCCGGUGCGUUCGGUACCUUCAAGCUGCACAAGAGUCUGGAGGAGUACACGACUGCGGGCGUUCUGACCGACACCUCUCGCUCAACGCCUCUCUUCACCCGCUUCAGCACGGUGGUUGGAAGCCGUGGCUCGGCCGAUACUGUGCGUGAUGUGCGCGGCUUCGCGGUCAAGUUCUACACCGAGGAAGGCAACUGGGACAUUGUUGGGAACAACAUGCCGGUCUUCUUUAUUCAGGAUGCGAUCAAGUUCCCCGACAUGGUCCACUCUGCCAAACCGGAGCCCAACAACGAGGUUCCGCAGGCCCAGAGCGCCCACAACAACUUUUGGGACUUUCAGUACCUUCAUAGUGAAGCCACUCAUAUGUUCAUGUGGCAACAGUCUGAUCGUGGAAUUCCCCGCUCCUACCGUAUGAUGCAAGGCUUCGGUGUCAACACUUACACCCUCCUGAAUGCCAAGGGCGAGCGCUUCUUUGUCAAGUUCCACUUCACACCACAGCUUGGUGUCCACAGCUUCGUCUGGGACGAGGCAUUGAAGCUUGCUGGUCAAGACCCUGACUUCCACCGCAAAGAUCUCGAAGAGGCCAUCACCAACGGCUCUUACCCCAAGUGGGACUUUGGCGUCCAGAUCAUCCCCGAUGGCCAAGAGCACGACUUCGAAUUCGACAUUCUCGACGCCACCAAGAUCUGGCCGGAGGAACAAGUGCCCGUGCAGUACGUUGGCGAGCUCGAACUCAACCGCAUGCCGGACGAGUACUUCACGCAAACGGAGCAAGUCGCCUUCUGCACUGGCCACGUCGUCCCGGGCAUCGGCUUCUCAGACGACCCGCUCCUGCAAGGCCGCAACUUCAGCUACCUCGACACCCAGCUCAGCCGUCUCGGCACCAACUGGCAAGAGCUGCCGAUCAACAAGCCCGUGUGCCCCGUCAUGAACAACAACCGCGACGGCCAGCUCCGUCACACCAUCACGAAGGGCACCGUCAACUACUGGCCCAAUCGCUACGAAGCCACGCCGCCGGCGAAGAAGGAGGAGGGCGCGUACAUCGACUACCCCCAACAGGUCGCCGGCAUGAAGCAACGCCUGCGCUCCAAGAAGUUCCAGGAGCACUUCAGCCAAGCCCAGCUCUUCUACAACUCGCAGACGGAAGCGGAGAAGUCGCACAUUGCCGCCUCGUUCAGCUUCGAGCUCGACCACUGCGACGACCCCGUCGUCUACGAGCGCAUGUCGCAGCGCCUAGCCGACAUCGAUCUCGGCCUCGCCCAAAGCGUGGCGGAAAUGGUCGGCGGCUCCGUCCCGCAGAAAGCCGGCCGACCCAACCACGGCAAGACGUCCCGCCUCAGCCAGACGCAGUUCCAGCCCAAGAACCCUACGAUCGAAACCCGGCGUGUCGCCAUUUUGAUCGCGGACGGUUUCGACGCCGUGGCGUACAACGGGAUCGUGGCGGCGCUCAAAGCGGCCAAAGCCGUGCCGUAUACCAUCGGCCCACGCCGGAGCGCCAUCUACGCCGCGGGAGAGCAGAAGGGUUCCUCGAAGGGCGUGACGCCGGACCAUCACCUCGAAGGCAUGCGCAGCACCAUGUUCGACUCAGUCUUCAUCCCAGGCGGGGCAGACAGCGUAGCGACGCUCCGCAAGAGCGGCCGCGCACUACACUGGGUGCGAGAAGCUUUCGCUCACCUGAAAGCCAUCGGCGCGGUGGGCGAGGGCGUUGAUCUGGUGCGAGACGCGGCUGCGUUGCCCGGCGUGGAGUUCAGCUCUUCGGAAAGCGUGGUGGACAGCUAUGGCGUUGUGACUGCGAGCCGCACGAAGCCGGAGAGCUUCAAGGAGGUGUUGAAGAUGGCCAAGGGCGCGGCGGACUUUGUUGAUGCGUACUUUUUCGCCAUCUCGCAGCAUAAGCACUUUGAGCGGGAGCUGGAGGGCUUGUCGACGAUGGUGGCUUAUUAGAUGGAUAAUGGCCCCUGCGGCGCGAGAAGAUACACGUACAUGCCGAUUGCUAGGUAGUCAAUGACACGAAUAAGGAUACAGCGCUGC